ACUAUGAACCAGUCUAUACUUACUUAAACAAGUCUAAAGAUUAUAAACUAGCAUAUACUUACUCAGGUAGGCCUGAAGAUUGUAAACCAAUACUAGUCUAUUCAGAUAGACAUGAAGAAUAUGAAUCAAUACCUACUUACUAG